AUGGAGAAUACCCAAUCCACACUGCAGAGUGCACUUCCUCCGAAAAGGACUGAUGCAGGGACAAUUCCGAAAUCAGCUGCGGAGCAGCAACGAAGAGUGCAGGGAAAGGCCGAGAAGCCACGGCAUAGAAAUCCCUCACAAGCACAUGCAAAUACCCUCGGAACCGAGACUCCACUAGAUGCUACCACAUUGGCACAAGGAAGGAACAUGGACGCUGGUACAGAGUAUACGCCAUACCCUCAACAACUCAAAGGAGACAAGGUCGACCUCAAAGAGCAAUUGCGUCGAGCUCAGAGCAGUCUCGAACAACUCCAAAAAGCGAUACCACCACUGCCGGAACCUCACCAGCUCUUCGACAAGAUUGUUUCACUGUGUUUCGACAACUUCAUUCACACGAAGGCAACGACAGCUCUCGAAGAAAAAACUCGUAGAGUACGCAUAUCGAACAAACCUGCUCUGAUUUUUGAGGUAGACAAUCUCCGUAUGAAAUUCCUGUUUUGUAGAUAUCAAUUGAGAAUCCUUUAUUCCAUUCCUCCUUUGCUUAUUGCCAUGCAAAAAAUGACUUUGGAGUUUUGGGAGACCAUCACGAGCCAGCCACAAGAGACGAGCGAAGGAAAUCCACUCCUCACCGACAUGGAAACCAUCGAAAAUGUUGUCAGCGACCAUCUUCAGACCCUGUCUACCCUUCAAUCGACACUUGUUGAAGUUCGCAUGGAAGCCCAGAAUGAAAUGGACAAGAAAACAUCCUCAUUCGAGAACGAAGUACGGGACAAGCUCGAAGGAAUUCAGAAAACCAUGGAGGGCCUCCAAAACACCGCCUCGCACAACUCACAAGCAUUAGCCGCCAUAGCACUCCGAAGCCGGGGAGAGGGAAUCCCAAGGAUUCAAGAGGAAAAAGAAAUAAUCAAGAAUAACGAAUCAGAUCGUGAAGAAUCGGACAUGAGCGAUAUUGAAGACCAGCUCCCAAACAGGGAACACAGAGGACGACACGAUGAUGCCGACUACGAAGCAAAUGCUGAAGAUGAAGCAUUCGAGGAGAACGUUAUGCGCCAUCAGAUCCCAGAGGUGGACGUCAGCAGAAGAAAUACGUUCGAUAUUGACCGAGAAAUCAGGAAUACGGAACAAGAAUUGCGUGAUUUUGAAGCAAUACUGCGCCAAUAUGAGAACGAACUCCUUUGUCCGCCACGUAGAUACGGCCAAGGAAACAUAAGCAAGGCAAAUGAACGUUACAUGAAGUGUGUUUUCUGCGACAUCGUCGGCCACUAUUCCGACUCGUGUCCGGAAGUUCGAGACCCAUACGCCAGGAGGGAAAUCAUAAUAAGGAAUGACAGAUGCGGCAUGUGCCUUGAAAAAAUCUGUCCGCGAGGAGCCUCAUGUAAAAAGUAUCUCACGGCAUGUUACUACUGCCGCGACCGAGGACAUCACAGUGGCCUUUGCACGUUUCCAGAUAGAAGUGAUUACAUACGCAGCCGUCUCGAAAAUGCACAACAAGGAAGGAUUCGAAGCCUCAACCGCCUCAACGAUCUUCGACGAGAAAGAGCCCGCCAUGGAUUCCACCUAUGA